UCUCCCCCUUAUCAUUCACAUCUGCUCAAGGUGUGGUACCACACUGAAAAGUUAAUAUGCUCGGCCGCAUGAUUCUUUUCGGAAAAGAAUCCACUCCGACCGACCACAAAACAAAUUGCAUUCUUCAACACCAUUCACCAAUAACUUUUAAUUUGUAAUCUUUUUCUUCAUGGAUCAACAAGACCACCAAUCUCCACCAUCACAACCGCAAGAUCUCCAUCAAGUACUCGUCAUUCGUCCAUCACCCGUUUUCAAGGUCCACGAACAAUACAUUUCAAGCAAAUUCAAGAUCCUUAAAGCAUACGAAUCACCAUUACCUACACACGGUUUUCUUCGUCAAUAUGGGCAGUCGGUCCAAGCUGUCUUAUGCUCGGCUAUAAGUCCAAUCACAGUCGACGUGUUACGCGACCUCCCAGCUCUUCAACUAGUUGUCACCGCAUCCACGGGGGUCAACCAUAUUGAUAUGGUUGAGUGUCACAAGCGCAACAUUAGAGUGGCCAACGUAGGAGAUGUGAUUUCUGAUGAUGUUGCUGAUGGGGCUGUAGGACUUUUGAUUGACGUCAUGAGGAGAAUUACUGCUGGUGAUAGGUUUGUUCGUGCCAGAUGUUGGCCCGAAACUCAACAGUAUCCUCUGGGUUCAAAGGUAGGAGACAAGAAAAUUGGUAUUGUUGGACUUGGAAACAUUGGGUUAAGAGUAGCCAGAAGACUAGAAGUCAUGGGGUGCAUAGUCUCAUAUACCUCAAGACAGGAAAAACGUUCCGCCCCUUUCACUUUCUACCCAAAUGUCGUAGAACUUGCUUCUGAUUCCGAUGCUCUUGUUCUGUGUUGUGCCUUAACCAACGACACGCGUCAUAUGAUCAACAACAAUGUCAUGAGAGCAUUGGGAAGUACAGGAGUCAUUGUGAACGUGGCUCGGGGAGCCGUCAUCGACGAGGUGGAGUUGGUCAAGUGUUUAGUCAAUGGUGAGAUUGGGGGCGCUGGUUUGGAUGUAUUUGAAAACGAACCAGAUGUGCCCAAGGAGUUGUUUGGGUUGGAAAAUGUGGUGAUCUCACCUCAUAUUACUGCUAUGACAAGGGAGAGUUUCCAAGAUGCUGCCCAGGUUGUGGUAAGUAACUUAGAAGCGUUUUUCGCAAACAAACCUUUGCUAAAUCCCGUUUACAACGAUUUCUAGUCACCCGGGUCAUGUAACCUGCGCUUGUUCUGUAUCAUUGUGACUUGGACUGUUGAGAUCCAAAUAUAGCUGAAAUUAAACAUACGCGAUAUCUGGUAGAGUUAUGUUUUCAACAACAAGAUGUAUUAUUAAUUUGUAGCUAUUCAAAUGUAUUAUUGAUCAAUAUUUAAUCAAACACAAUAUUAUAAGAAAA